AUGUCUUCUCGAAGUAUCGAUAUCGAAUUUGCUCAGAUUAGUGAGCCAAAUAUGGACCGAGUGCGCACACUUGGAUCAGUCCGCCUCACAAGGGAAGGAACAAACGAGCGGAUCUUGUACCCCAAACCUUCUAAUGAUCCCAACGAUCCACUGAACUGGUCUAAAGCAUACAAGAUCUACUUGAUGAGUUUGACAAGUACGGCACUUGUAUUGUCGAACUUCAUGGCCGCCGGUCCUUCCAUCGCUAUCGUCGAACUCACCAUCGAUAUCUUCCACGCCUACCCUCCAUCACCCCUAAUCCCUGGGUCAUUCGCUCCUGCAUCCAUCGCCAGAUUCUCAAGCAGUAUCUCAAAGGCUGCAUACUUGUUCUCUGCUACUGCUUUGUUGCAAGACAUCUCAAACGUUUUCUGGGUCCCCGUUGCUCUGAAAUAUGGUAGAAGGAAGGUAUACGUACUGUCGUUCUUGUUGUUCGGCGUUACAACGAUCUGGGCUUCGCGGGCAAACUCUUUUGGCAACCUGCUUGCAGCUAGACUGGUGAUGGGUUGGUUUGCAGGAACAGCCGAAUGCGUGGCGCCAUUGACUGUCGCGGACCUGUUUUUCUUGCACGAAAGAGGCACUUAUAUGGCGAUAUUCGCGGCCGCUCUGGCAGCUGGUGCUCCUCUAGAAAGCAUAUUCGGUGGUCUGUUCACUCUGAGCACAGACUGGCGAGCGCUGUACUACCUUGGAACCGGUCUCAUCUUCGCUUUCACCAUAUUGGCAUUCUUCACCAUGCCUGAGACAGGAUAUAUUCGUAUACCAGAAGUACACGAGCCUGCGCUAGUACGCCAUACUAGCAAAGAUAUCGAGAAGUCGCUUGGUGCUCUCCAAGUCGAGAGGCUUUCACCUGAGCGUAGCGUCGAGAUUAGCAACAUACCCAAAAAGACAUUUCGCCAAAACCUGGCUUUCGUCACGCCUCCACAGACCAAAGAGUCAUUCUGGAAAAUAUUCAUUCGACCAAUCUUGUUACUUGCACUUCCGCCGGUGAUUUGGUCUACGGUCACGGUUGGACUCGUGGUAGGCAUUGUGGUCAUUCUUUCGGUAUCACUCGCGAACGACUUCUACACGAUUGAUCAUUUUGAAACCUGGCAGUCUGGACUAUGCUGGAUAGCCGUUAUUGUCGGUACUGCUAUUGGUAUGCCUAUAUGUGGCAAGCUAACAGAUACGACUGCGGACUUUUUCACCGCUCGUGCCGGCGGCAUCAGAGAGCCCGAGCAUCGACUUCCUUUUUGCAUACUUCCAGCUUUGUUCAUGCCGGGAGGACUACUCAUGUAUGGACUGAGUCUAGAUCAUCACACCCACUGGGCCGUGCCCGUCGUUGGUCUUGCAAUUAUCAGUGUGGGAAUUGUCGGAGGCACUACAGGAGCUAUGGCCUAUAUUGUAGAUGCUUACCGUCCCAUCGCAGGAGAAUGUGUCGUUUCAGUGAUGGCGUUCAAAGCGGCUUUUGCAUUCCUAAUCGCGUUCUACACGAACUCUUGGCUUGCAGCAGAUGGCCCAGCAGUGGUAUACGGCACAUUAGCAGGUAUCGUGUUUGCUUGGCUUGCACUGGCACUGCCUCUUUAUAUCUGGGGCAAACAGCUACGCCAGAAGAGUCUUGACUGGAAGUUCAUUCGACUUGUCCAAUGGGACUUGGAUCGCGAGACCGGAGAGUGA